GCCGCGCAGGCGCGCGGGACCCGGAAGCGGCUUUCCUGGGCGCCGCCAUAUUGUGCCCGCUCCCUUCCGUAGGGCUCGGCGGCGGCAGGAGCGGCGGGGCCCGGCCCGGCCCGGCGCGGCGGCUCCAGCCAUGUCCGAGACCUACGAUUUUCUCUUCAAGUUCCUCGUGAUCGGGAGCGCCGGCACGGGGAAGUCCUGCCUCCUCCAUCAGUUCAUUGAAAACAAAUUUAAACAGGAUUCGAACCACACGAUCGGGGUGGAAUUUGGUUCCAAAGUCGUCAACGUCGGCGGGAAGACGGUGAAGCUGCAGAUCUGGGACACGGCCGGGCAGGAGAGGUUCAGGUCGGUGACUAGAAGCUACUACCGGGGCGCUGCCGGCGCGCUCCUCGUGUACGACAUCACCAGCCGGGAGACCUACAACGCUCUGACCAACUGGCUGACGGACGCCCGCACCCUCGCCAGCCCCAACAUCGUCAUCAUCCUCUGCGGGAACAAGAAAGACUUAGACGCCGACCGGGAGGUGACGUUCCUGGAGGCUUCGCGCUUCGCCCAAGAGAACGAGCUCAUGUUCCUGGAGACCAGCGCCCUGACGGGGGAGAACGUGGAGGAAGCCUUCUUGAAAUGCGCGAGGACCAUACUGAACAAAAUCGAGUCGGGUACGGCGGCGGUGAUGUGGCUUCGCUGGGGUGGGGAGGGGGGCUUGGGGUGCUGGGGUCGGUGGGGGAGGGGUUUGGGGCCCUGA